UGGAUAGGCUUAUACAGGCUUCGGACACGCAGCUCACACUGGGUUAGCAUUAGAUUCCCUUCCUGUCUUGAACCUCAACCCAUCAAUAGCAAAAAUGAUUGUAUAUUUUAGACGCAUAUGACGGUCAAGGUCCAAGUGUGGCGUUUGCAAGGCACACAAAGACCACAUUCAACAUUUCUAAUCAACCGAGCUGAGCUGAGGGGCGAAGCUGUUCUGCGUGGCCUGCUGAUCCUGAUAGCAGAAUCAUUACCUCUGCUAGAAGGAUAAAAGAAAAAAAAGAUGCUGUCGGGCGGGCACGGAGAGGUCAACCCUAACUCCUCAUGGCAUAGCAGUCGAGGGGCAUGGCUUUCCUAUCUGGCCGGCGUGCUAGCGCUCCACCUCUUCCUUCUCUCUAUCCCAGUCAUAUCUAUACCCACCGCUUGGACGCUCACCAAUGUCAUCCAUAAUCUGGCAAACUACUUGUUCCUUCACCAGAUAAAAGGAACACCCUGGCAGUUGCUAGACCAGGGAAAGGCUCGGCGGAUGACAGCUUGGGAACAGAUUGACUAUGGACAGCAGUUUACAACAACACGCAAGUUUAUCACCAUAAUACCCAUCGUUUUGUUCCUCCUCACCAGUUUCUACACAAAGUAUGACUUCAAUCACUUUGCUGUCAACUUUGCAACACUGCUUCUUGUGCUGAUUCCCAAGCUUCCUCAGUUCCAUAUGGUUCGCUUAUUUGGAAUCAAUAAGUACUGAUUCCUUCCAUUGUGAACAAAUAGAAGCAAGCAGUUAAUUUCUCUUGUGCAGAGAAGGUAUGGUGGUGAUGCUGUAUAUACCCAUUUAUAUGCUGCAGGAUGAAUUUUGGGGCAAGUUUUUUGCAAAAACAAGGGAGGCUGGGCUCCAGAUAUACAUAGGCUACAUUCCAAAAGAUUCAGGACUAAUGCCAGUAUUUCUGGCAUUCAUAGUAUGUAUGUAAUUACAGAAAAGUUGAAAUGGUAUUUAUGUAUCUAUUCACUAAAAUCUGAAUUAUAUAAUCGAUAACAUUUCCUUAAUGAAUUCAGCCAACAUAAUCUCUCUUGGCCUUUCACGCACCAAGUUUGUAAUAUACACUGCAUCCUCUCCUGUUUGUUUCUUGUAUUACCUCACAUGAUGCACAUCUGCAUUCCUUUCCCAUUUUCAACCCUUCUUUACAUUACCUUGUGCCCUUUCAUGAUAACUAUCAUAGAAUUUCAUUAAGAAAAAGGGCCAGAGGUAAAGAUCUUACUGGAAGGUAUUUGUUGAGGUGGGUAUGUAGUGCCAUUUGGGUUUUAAAGUUCAAGCAUCUUUGAUGUUUUCAAGCAACUGAAGCCCUCUAAGUCCUCCUUUACUUUUGUUACUGCCUCCCAUUCUUCUUCCAUAAUUUUCUUAAUUUUUCUAGAAUUCUUUGUUGAAUGAUAUUUUACUGACUAUCCUGUCUUCCACUAGCCUUCUCUCUUUUCCUGCUUCUUCCCUGGAAUGAUUUAAUUAAGCAGCUGUCUAUAAUUAUUGCUUUAAUUAUUGUUAUUAUUCUUAAGGAAGUCUUGCCUGCUCAGAUUGCCACCUCCAGAAGUACAUAGAAAGUGUGUCCUGAAUAGGUUGGCAUAUUUAUUACUUGGAACUGUUUUGAUCCACACAUCUUGUAAUUAUUCUAGGUUGUAAGAAGGUGAAAACCCAAAUCAGGCACAGUUUCUCAGUCUGUCAUAUAGAGAUGAAAGAGUGAAGAUACUUGUUAACUCUUGUAUGAGGUGGCAGGAAGAGUAGUUGUGAGAUUAAGUAGUGAGUGCAGCAGACCUGUGGCUGUAGGAGUAAGGGGAGGCACAUCCAGGGCAAAAGCACACAGCUUGUUAGUUGGUAAAUACUUUGAAGUGGAAAUGUAGCAGACAGUAGAAUGUAUGACACUGCAAGAUGUUUUUGUAAACUUGUGGAAAGCUAAAGCUCAAUAUCACUGUUUGUGAACACUUUUGCAUGUGAGAACUGAAAGGUCUUAUUUUCUUGGUCUGAGAUUUUCUUAGUGACAACUCUAAAGUUACAAAGCUAUAAACCCUCAGAGAGCCACCUACUUUUGUAAGAUCACUGGAAGUACUUACUAAUUUCUAAGUUUUAUUGAAGUGUUUACCGAUAUCUUUGGUGAUAUUUAUUCCCUUGUGCUUAUGAAAUUUCUUGAAGUGGUGUGAUGUUAAUCUGUUAUAUUUAAACCUGAGGGAAGGCCAGGAAGAAAAUAAAUGGUAAAAAGAAAGUUCAAAA